AUGGACGAGCCGCGACAAUCAAUGGAGUCAACUGGAAUGGUACCUAUGCGAGCCUCCUCGCCUUCACCGUCAGUUCCAGCCACCCCAGCUAUAUCCUCCUAUUCUUCCCCGGACCGCACGUUCUCCUCGGAGUCAUCCCGCUCCACAUCCUCCGCCACCUCCGCAGAUGCUAGAUCUUCCGUCUCGACCUCCUCGCGCCGCCAUGGAUAUACUCGUGCAUUGGGCGCCGAGUUUGCCGACUCCGCCCGCCAUCGCGAUAGCGUCAUGAGUUUGGGCAGCAUUGCCCACUUACAAUACUACUUUGCUCGGACAGGUCUACUGGAUGGGAAGAGCGGGCGCGGUAAGGAGUGGGACAAGGACAAGAAGAAUAAGGAUAAUGUGCCUCGGGUUCUGAUCACCCCGAAUCAACGACACAUGGACGACGACCUGGUCGCAAGCCCCUCGGACAUGACGGAUCCAGCGGAAGGUGAAUUCGAGGACGAGGAGGGCGAGGUGAUGCUGCCACCAACAGUCAGUACAUACAGCAUCAAGACGCACCAUAUUCCACCUCCACCAGAUCUGAUCUCUUUGCGCCGGAAACUUUUGCUUGCGCUGCACAAGGCGGAAACUAAUAUCGAGGCAAUUGAAAAUGGCGCAGAGCCUCCUCCUCGCGAACCUAUCCGGUCAAGCCUGGCCCCGGGGGAUAUCCCCGAGGCACAAGAGGAUGAUCAAUCCGGACAGGUGCCGACUCCAAUGAACAAAGAAGAGGCACAGGGUAUGUGCAUUUUGGACGAUAUGACCAAUGCAAUCCGAGCAGCCAAGAUCUAUUACACAUCGCACGAGAAGCCAGAACGUCUGGCUUCAAUAAAGAGCGAACGUGAGAUCCGCAAAGAGCUGUUCGACGUCCUUGAAGUUCUGAAGCGUUGGGCCGCGCGGCAUUUCGCCAGUGGUCUGCGCGAAGAGGAGCGCGAGCGUAUUCAGGGGUGGAUGGCUAGCGUCCGCACCACAAUAACCCGUGAGAAAGCGCUUGAGGAUCUCGAGGCCCAGGAACGAGAGAAUUGGGAUUGGGCUGCUGGGGAUUGGAGAGGUCGGGAGCGGGCCCGCGAGGAGUCCUUCUUGCGUAGCCUCAUGCCUGGCGGUGACUCCUUGCCGACCUGGACACCCAUUGAAGAGGCGGGUGAUUCUGUGCCCACUUCAUUCUUGGAUCGCUUCCGGGACGGACGGGUUCUGGUUCAGUUACACAACCUUGCCAUCAAGAAGUCGAGACGUCAAUUUGGCGAGAUUACGGCAUACCAUUCAGACAUUGCCAAGCCAUAUCGACAGGCCGAGAAUCUUCGGUUCUGGGUGAAAGCUGCAGAACUCCGGUGGGAGCUUCGUCUGGAUGUCGACGUGAUGGGUGUUGUACAGGAUAGUGGCCCUGCUGCUUGGGAGCAGUUCGACGCUGCACUGUUGGCCUGGUGCAAGACUGUUCGAGAAGAAUUGGUUCGAGAUUGGCAGGAGGCCAACCCAGGACGACCACCAAGUGCUGGUUUGAUUUGA